GAUAUAAAAAUGGCGACCUCCAUGCAAAUUGAUCAUUUUUCCAAUAAUCUUGAAGAAUUUCUUCAGUCAGAUUCCAGUGCAUGUAUGUUUUGCAAUGGGUUUUAUGGUAAAAGUUUUGGACAGCCAGUAUGUAGCACAUGUCACCUAUUUCUCUUCUCGUCCGAUAUAAACAGAGAUGAAGGGGAGGAGGAUAUCUACACUGAGAAAGCAGAUUCGGGAGAUAGUGGCAAUGAGGAGCCUGAGAUGGCCCAGGAUUUCUGUGAACACAGUCAUCUACCGGCCAGCUCUACACAUGUCAGGGCGUCACAAAUCUCACACAAGAUGGACAAACUGGCAGAGAGGAUUGGCAUGCUGACGUUACCCCGGGAGAGAGAUCAUGUGCCAGAGGGACUGGUAGAUUCUUUACCUCCAGAAGUUUUACUGGUUGUGUUCAAGUACCUGGAUGAUAUUUCCCUGUGGACAGCUGGCAUGGUUUGUCCUAGGUGGCAGCAGCUACUACAAGGGGAGACAAAUGACUCGAAGUGGCGGGAAUUUACAAAGCUGCGAUGGCCAUUGUUCAACCCUCAUUACAAAGUGAAAAAUUGGAAAACAAUUUAUACAAAACUGCUUGAGAGUUCUCCUUGUAGAUAUUGUCUGGAAAGUAUGAUGUUACAGAGUACACCUCCUAUAGAAGAAAAUUCCUGGAGACAUCGUAGGUUGAGAAGCGAACUGAAAACUCUGAAAUCAGAUCCACCAGAAGGUAUUCGGGCUGAGCCCCUGGAUCGGCAUUGUUGUCAUUGGCAGGCUUCCAUCACGGGACCACAAGGGAGCCCGUACGAAGGUGGCCUGUUUCUUCUCUAUCUACAAAUUCCAGACAGUUACCCUAUGAGGCCGCCAAAAGUACAGUUUAUAACAAAAAUAUUCCAUCCAAACAUCAGUCGUCAUGGAGAUGUGGGACUGGAUUCCAUUCACUACAACUGGAGCCUGGCUUUGACAAUAUCUAAAGUUCUCAUUAGUAUACAGUCUUUAUUAACGGAUCCAUAUUGUGAUGUGUGCAUGGAACCAGCAAUUGGUUCAUUGUACAGUAAAAAUAGACCAGAAUUUGAUAGGAUAUCACGAUUAUGGACAUGGAAGUACGCUAUGCACGAUUUUCUCAUGCCAAUGGAAAUAGAUCUGAAUGGAUUAUAGUUAUUUUUUUAUUCUGGUAGAGGGAUUGCAAUUUCCUACUUGUAUGUGUACAUGUAAGGUUUUAUUAUUGUGUGUGAGGUGUCAGAAUUUUUCUCAGUUUUGAGGGACACACUCAGUAUUUGUAAAUUAUAUUGUCCUAUAUCCAAAGUUUUAAAAAUGUAGAUUUACCUGUAGUGUCCAGCAUGAUUGAAUUCAUAUAACAAUUUUCAGUGGACACAUUUUAAAUGCUACAUGUACAUGUAUCAGUAUGGAAGUUGCAGCCUCACUAUUAUUUUAGGGUUGUGCAAUUUAAAAAUUGUUAUGUCUUAAGUGGUUAUUUGUGCUAGAAAUGCAUAAUCAAUUAUAUUUGUCUUUUUAUUAUAGUUUUUAACUUGACUACCAGAUGGUAGAGUUGUUACAGUUACUAGAGUACAUUUCCUUGGCUCCAACUAAUGCAUUUAUAGCCACUGGUAUUUUCUUUGAAACAGAUGAGCAGUCAAGAUUUUCCUCAUACAAAAGCAAGGCCAGGUUGUUUGGCAUUUUUUACAUUUGGCUGUCAAUUCUUUAACUUUUCUACUUCAUCUAGGAAUUAAAAAAAUAGGGUUUUUUUUUGUGAAUACUGAUUUACAUAAAUUUUUCCUGAACAGUAGUAAGUUUUCAAACAAGAAUAACUUGUAAAUUCUGGUGAACCAUUCAGUAUUGCUAUCCUCGACAGGACAAAGUACACCACUUACCAUAACUUGGCUUAUAGGUUAUAACUCUAAUUUUGACCAGUCUUGGAAGCAUUCUUGCCAUUGGUUACCCAGGUUGUGCUCAGAAACAGCCAAUUAGAGGCUGGAACUCUGAGGCUGGUGGGGUCUCCAUGGCUGAGGUCGUUGACUUCUAAUCACUUGCCCCUCACUGAUGCGCAUUCAAGCCUCACUCGGGGCAUUGAAAUCCUCAUGCGAGGAAGCCAUCCAACUGGCUGAUGGAAGGUGGCUGGUUCUAUCCAGGUGCCCACCUGUGAUGAGAUAAUGCACAAUGGGGCACUUGGGGGUCUUCUUCCACCAUCAAAGCUGGGAAGUCGCCAUAUGUCUUACAAUUGUGUUGAUGCAACAUUAAACCCAACAAAAAAAUCUAAGGUUGGUCUCCAAGCUCUUGUGUUAUAACCUUAGAUACUGGCCUUGCUUUUCGAGAAACAUUGUUGGGUUGAGAUUUAAAUACCUCAAAAUUUCAGACUAGAGCUCUGUCACUUUUGAAAGAAACGAAUCUGUCUUGCAUAUUAAAUUGAUCUGCAGUGAAUUUUGCUGUACAGUAAAAUAACUAAAUAAGGAUGUGAACUAGUUGAACAUCUGAUAAUCAUUUAACAAAACCAAUUAAAAUCAAUUACUGUAUGUUUUCUUCAAAAAUUCAACAACCAUAGUAUUUUGGAAAAUUAGAAAAUUCCAGAUAUUGUGGUAAAAGCAUCUGCAGUUCGUAAAUUGAUCUAUGUCACUUGUACAAAUGAUAGCAGUGGCAGAACAAUAACAUUGAUCUGCUAUUACUAGUAUCUGUAUAUCAUACAAACUUUACAAAUAAAUGUUUUAUAUUGUU